UGUUCACCUACUAUUUACACUACUCCAAGUGUGUGUGUGUGUGUGUGAGAGAGAGAGAGAGAGAGAGAGAGAGAGCGAGAGAGGGGUAAGGUGGGAGAAGAGCGAUGGAGGCGUCGAAGCGUCCUACCUCCGCGGCUCCCCGGGCCGUGAACGGGAACGGAACCGCCGCCGCCUCAAAGGGAGGUGCCUCCCGUCCCACCGUCCCACCCACCAAGGCGCAGCAGUAUCGGCUACCCUACCGCCCCCAGCGGCGGCCUUCGCCCCGACGCAAGCGCCGCUGCCACCAGGGCUGCUGUCGCAUCUGCUGCCUGUGGCUCACCCUGCUGCUCAUCGCCCUCGUCCUCCUCGCCGCCAUCUCCGCCGGCGCUAUCUACGUCCUCUGCCUUCCCCAGCGCCCCUCCUUCUCCGUCUCCUCCCUCCGCCUCUCCGCCCUCGACGUCCGCUCCGUCGACCUGCUCACCUCCCGCCUCGACCUCUCCGUCACCGUCCGCAACCCCAACCAGAGGAUCGUCUUCGUCUUUGACGACGUCGCCCUCUCCGCCUCCUCGGGCGGAGUCACGAUAGGUGAGGGAACGAUCCCGGGCUUCGUCCAGGGCACCGACAACACCACGGUGCUCAAAGCCACCGUCUCGAGCUCGGGGCGGAGCCUGGACCCGACGGAGGCGUCGGGUCUGCGGCGGAAGAAACGGCAUUCCUUGGAGAUCCAUCUCGACACCAAGGCCGGCAUUAAGUUGGGAAGAUUCAAGUCGAUGCACGUGGGGAUCAGGAUUUCAUGCAAGGGGAUUGAGGCGUCGGUCACCAAGGGCAACGCCACCGCCGGCUCAACCAAGGGCGCGGCCAAGUGCAAGGCAAGACUUCGUGUCAAGAUCUGGGGCUGGACUCUCUAAGAGACAUAUCAGUGUCUAUCUAAUUUGAUCUUCCCAAAGCCAAACGUACAAGGUAUACAUAUAUAUAUAUAUAUAUAGAGUUUUCCUCGAUUCUUUUGUGCGUCUUAGGAGUACAGUUGUAUCGAUCUAUCUAUCUUCUGAGGAGCGAUCUCCCGUCAGACUCUAUUGUUUCCCUUUUCCCCUGAUGGAAGUCUGUCAUUAUUGAAGUCAUGGUUUGCCUUUCACCAGAAGUCCAUGGGUAAGCAUUGCUCCUUUUGAAAGGACGAUUUUAAGAGUAAAGAAAAGGAGGUGGCGGAGGGAGCCCAUACUCUCAUGCAUGUCGGUGGUAGGAUCACGUUCACUCGCCUCGUCAUGUAUUUAUAUAUAAUACUUCUUCAGAGUUUGUAUGAACUGGCCUACCCACACUCUUCCAGUUCCAAUGUACUCGCUGCCUGAUGCGUUGCAGAGGU